UUCUGAGUGGUCUUCGGGGAAACAGUAAGCGGACGUCAACUUAUGUUUGCGGCGUUAAUUUUGUUAGCACAGAAUGAAUGUGCUACAUCAUACUCUACCAAGACAAGUCUGUGGGCAAGUUUAGUCCGACUGUGCUAACCGGGAGAAGGCCAAAUAUUGUUUACCUGUUUGGACUCAACAAGACAAGAAAAGGGAGUAGUUACACACGGUCACCAGCGUUUGGAAUCUCUGAACUCUCCAGAAACGAUGUCUGAAGGGGGAUAAGGUUACGUGUCUUUGAUUGACGUGGCGGAGUUAAGCAGCCUCCGAAGUUUAGCACAGCCCAGUUAGCCGCUGGGGCUAUCCAGCAAAGCUGUAUUGCUGUUAGCAGUUAGCUAGACUAAGCUGGACCAAGAUUGAGUAGUAACAUAUUGAACACAAAUUUUGACAUUGAUUAAAACCCGAGUUCGCGUUGAAGAUGGGCUCGUUGUUCAGAAGCGAGGAGAUGUGUUUGGCCCAGCUGUUUCUCCAGUCCGGAUCCGCAUAUGACUGCAUCAGCGAACUGGGAGAACUGGGACUAGUGGAGUUCAGAGAUCUGAACCCGAGCGUCAGUUCCUUCCAGCGAAAGUUCGUCAGCGAGAUCAAGAGAUGUGAGGAGAUGGAGAGGAUUCUGGGGUAUUUGCUGAGAGAGAUUAAGAAAGCUGAUAUCCCUCUCCCUGAGGGGCAGGUGAAUCCCGCUGCUCCGUUACCCAAACAUGUCCUCACUAUUAUGGAACAGCUGCAGAGGUUUGAGCAGGAGCUCAGUGAGGUGACCAGGAACAAGGAGAAACUUCAGAAGAACCUUCUGGAACUGACUGAGUACACACACAUGCUCCGCGUCACGCGUAGCUUCGUCCACCGUGCCGCUGAGAGGGAGCCCGGUCACGCUCAGUAUGAGGAGUUUCCUUUCCUGGAGAAAGAGCCCAUGAUGGACUACACCAGUAUGCAGAGACUGGGAGCCAAACUGGGGUUUAUCUCAGGGCUGAUAGAGCGUGUGAAGAUUGAGGCGUUUGAGCGUAUGCUGUGGAGAGUGUGUAAAGGAUACACCAUUCUCAGCUACUCAGAGCUGGACGAGUGUUUACAGGACCCAGACACGGGCGAAGUCACUAGGAGUGUGGUGUUUCUCGUCUCGUACUGGGGUGAUCAGAUUGGCCAGAAAGUCAAGAAGAUUUGUGACUGCUACCACUGCCACCUGUACCCAUAUCCCAACAGUAAUGAGGAGAGAGAGGAUGUGGUGGAGGGGCUUCGCACACGCAUUCAGGACCUACACACAGUGCUACACCGGACAGAGGACUACCUGAGACAGGUGUUGGUCAAAGCGUCAGAGUCAGUAUACACCUGGGUGAUCCAGGUGAAGAAGAUGAAGGCGAUUUAUCACAUUCUGAACCUGUGCAGCUUUGAUGUGACCAAUAAAUGUCUGAUCGCUGAGGUGUGGUUUCCCCUCAGUGACCUCCCUACCCUGCGGAGGGCGCUAGAGGACGGAUCUAGGAAAAGCGGAGCCACAGUGCCUUCCUUUGUGAAUCGGAUCCCCACCACAGAUACUCCGCCCACUCUCAUACGAACCAAUCACUUCACCUCAGGAUUCCAGAACAUUGUGGACGCUUAUGGAGUGGGCAGCUACCGAGAGGUCAACCCAGCUCCUUACACAAUCAUCACCUUCCCCUUCCUGUUUGCGGUGAUGUUCGGGGAUUUGGGUCACGGUGUGAUCAUGGGCGCUGGUUUGCUUUGGGCAUGGUUGCUGUACGAGAAUGACCGGCGACUCCGAAACACACGCAACGAGAUCUGGAACACGUUCUUUGAGGGCCGUUACAUGAUCCUGCUGAUGGGAUUGUUCUCCGUCUACACGGGCUUCAUUUACAACGACUGCUUCUCCAAAUCUCUCAACCUCUUCGGCUCAGGCUGGGACGUCAAGGCCAUGUUUGACCAGCACUGGAAAGCACCAGACACACUCCAGUCAAACAGAUUCCUUACACUGGAUCCCAAUGUCACAGGGGUGUUUAACGGACCGUACCCCUUUGGGAUCGACCCUAUUUGGAACUUGGCGGUGAACCGUCUGACUUUCCUCAACUCAUAUAAGAUGAAGAUGUCUGUGAUUCUGGGUGUGGUUCAUAUGAGUUUCGGCGUGGUUCUGAGCGUAUUCAACCACCUGUGAGUGACCACAGACCAUAGCUUACUUGUUCCUUGCCUGCCGGAGCUGCUGUUCCUGCUUUGUCUGUUUGGGUACCUGGUCUUUAUGAUCCUCUAUAAAUGGCUGGCCUUUGGCCCCCAGCAGUCCAGAGAGGCCCCCAGCAUCCUCAUCCACUUCAUCAACAUGUUUCUCAUGCAGGGGGACGGCUCAGGCGCCCUCUACCCUGGACAGGCUGGACUGCAGGUGUUCCUGGUAGUUGUAUGUGCGUUUCUGUCAGUCCCUGUGUUACUGCUUGGGAAACCCCUUACCUACUACUGGCUGCACUACGGAGGAUACAGACUGGGCAUGUACAGGGGGUACGAGCGUGUGCGGCGCGGCAGUGAGGAGGAGCUGUCUCUCAUGAGGGCUCAUGACCUGGAGGAGGGAACCAGCCUGGACAUGUCACUCCAGCGCAGACAGCCAGCUGAGCAGUUUGACUUUGCAGACGUCUUCCUGCACCAGGCCAUUCACACUAUAGAGUUCUGUCUGGGCUGCAUCUCCAACACGGCCUCUUACCUCAGGCUCUGGGCUCUCAGCCUCGCACACGCACAGCUGUCAGAGGUGCUGUGGGCCAUGGUCCUGCGUGUGGGUUUGAGGGUUGAUACUGGUUUCGGAGUGAUUUUACUGGUUCCACUGUUUGGCCUGUUUGCUGUUCUCACCGUGUCCAUUCUGCUGGUCAUGGAGGGACUUUCUGCAUUCCUACAUGCACUGCGCUUACACUGGGUUGAGUUCCAGAAUAAAUUCUACAGUGGGGGAGGCGUGAAGUUUGCUCCCUUUGACUUCUCUCUCUUACACACCAGCUUUGAGAACGAGGGUUUACUGUGAACCCCUCCCCUGACCACGGAGAGCCAGUGUCAGGUCUAGAACUUUCUGCCUCCUCUCUCUCCCUCUGUGUGUGCUGUGGUUUAUCGGAGGGUCAGUGUUCUGCUCUGACUGCCUUAAGAAGCUGGAGAAACAUUAGAGGACCCAGUUUUCACCAGAAUGAAAGUGAAGAACAGGAGCUGUCAAUCUAAGAAUGACUCACUCUCCCUUCCUGUGGGGAUGGCAAGGAGUU